AUGGAAAACGGUGAAAUAAACAUAGUGGUGGAAGAGCCUAGGGAGGAAGAGGAGGGGAAGAACGAGGCAACAAAUGAAGAUAUAGAAGAGGAAGAAGGAAAAGAACCAGGAGAACAGAACACAUCACUGCAUACUCCCAGAGACAGAAACACUUUGUCUUCAUCACCACAUAGUUUUAAUGAACGCACACCUCUUUUGAGUGGGUCGGCUCCUCAGGGAGGGUUGUACUCAAGCUCAUGGACCACAACAGUUGGACCUUCUCCAUAUACUUCUGACAACAAACCAAAGAGACGGCCUUUUCAUCGCCCAUCCGUAGGAAGUACGGCGAGUGAGGUGACCAGUCCUGAACGGAGAGAGAGCGAAAACUUUGAUAGACAACUAUAUACUCGCUACCGUUAUUACUCACGAUUAAGAGCUUCUGUCCAAGCGAGUGAACAUGCCUUGGUGAUUCCAGACCAUAUUGUCCCCCCAGAGCUAUUCUUGCCAUAUAUACCUGGACAUGUAAGAGAUGCUGAUGGAAAGCAGUCAUCAUAUAUCACAAUCAUUGCCAUUUGGAACACUAUGAUGGGGACCUCACUCAUGACAAUGCCAUGGGCCUUUGGGCAAGCAGGCUUCAUAGGUGGCAUAAUCAUCAUGCUGGGAAUGGCUGGGAUUGCUCUGUACACUGCCAUUCGCUUACUUACAUUGCAGAAGACUAUGGGCUUGGAAGGUCCCUCACUAGAACUCAGCCGUCUAUGCUGGCAGCUUCUAGGAGGAACGCUAGGCAGAAUAACGGAAGGGUUAACCGUCACUUUCUCUGUAAUAACUUUGGUUGGAGCUCAGGUUGUGUACUGGGUCCUAAUGUCAAAUUUCCUAUUUAACACUGGAGAGGUGAUAUAUGAUACAGUCCAUGGGGAGAUCCACAAUGACUCGUCCAGUGCAGUGCUUUGCCCACCCAACAUUACUAAUGAUGAAAACAUUAAAGGCCCGGAACCCAGUGAGUUCCACAAAUGGUGGCAACAAGACCUGACAGUGCCGUUGUACUUACUCGUUCCCUUCAUCUUUGUGCUGAACCUUCGAGAUGCCAAGAUCUUCACCUAUUUUAACUCUCUGGGUGCCAUCUCUGUGUUAGUCAUGUACCUAUUUGUAAUCAGUAAAGCUGCAACUUGGGGAAUUAACAUUAACUUUACUGAUGUCAACAGUGAUUUUUAUGUGCCCCUGUUCAAGAGUUCAUUCAUGUGCCUGACGGGAACAUUAUCGCUUGCUUACUUCAUUCAUAACUGUGUUGUUACUAUCAUGCAAGGUAACAGACACCAGGAAAAUAAUGUUCGCGACUUGAGUAUUGCCUACAUCCUCGUAGCUCUGACAUACAUUCCUAUUGGUGUUCUUUUCUACUCUGCAUUCCCCAUGCCUAAGUAUUGUGUAGUUGAUAAUUUCUUGGACAACUUCCCCCCACAUGACGUAGUUCUGGCUGUUGUGCGUGGCUUCCUGUUCUUCCAGAUCUUGACUGUGUAUCCCUUGUUAGGGUUCUUUAUCCGAAACCAGCUGUUCACAUACUUCAUGGGACCAUCAUAUGAGUACAGGCUUUGGCAGGUGUUUUUGCUUAACACUUGUCUCCUGACAAUGUCUGUGUUGGUGGCCAUCUUCUACCCAAAUAUUGGAUUCAUCAUCAGAUGGGUUGGUGCGAUAUCUGGCUUAGCUUACAUCUUCAUGUUGCCAUGUGUGACAUACAUGUAUGCUCUCUACACACAAGACAAGCUCCAAUGGUAUCAUUGCAUAAUUCACUUUGCUAUUAUUUUCAUUGGCAUUGGCAAUUUCAUAUCCCAAUUUUUGCUGGGUUAAGAAUUGCUUAAGGGUAUGUAUUAUUUUUUAUGCUAUUUUUGUGGUAAAGUCACAAGAGAUUUUUCAUUAUAUUUUUUGGCAUGUGCAGCAUCAUUGUUGUUAAUGAUGAUUCUGUUUCUAUAAUUGUUUUGGUUGUUAUUAUUAUUAUUAUUAUUAUUAUUAUUAUUAUUAUUAUUAUUAUCAUCAUCAUCAUCAGCAUCAGCAUCAUUAGUGUUAUCUUUCAUGUCUUUUUUAAUUAUGUGUAUCUAUCUGUAUUGGUGAUAAUUCAGAUACUAUGAACUUACAAUUAUUAUUAUUAUUAUUAUUAUUAUUAUUAUAAACUGUACAUUUCAGAGGAUUCUGAGCAGAUGUUUAGUGUGAUGUUUUAACUAGGGAAAUGAACUGAUUUUGUCACCAGCUAGGAGAUUUUGGGGAGUGAUGGCUGGUUCAACACUCUUUGUCUUUGCAAACACCAACAGGUCAAGAGGAAUAGGAACAGGAUUCAGAGGUUUCAUCUACCCUAGGAUAUAGUCAUGCAUUUCCCCAGGCAUAGGAGUCUGAGCCUUGCCUUAGUAUUUCUAAAAGUUGCAGAUAGCGGUGGCACCAUGUGCAGGCACUUCUUUGCCACCACAAAGAUAUUGAUGAUUCUGCUUUAGGUUGUAAUCACCCUUGGGGAUGAGUUGCUAUGGAACUUUAUUUUCAGGGUUUAUAUAUUAACAUAAGGACCAUUGCAUCAAGAUCAGGUGAUGUUUCUCUGCAUGCUUGUUUGAAAUGAGAGAUGAAAAUGAUCUAUAAAAAUGUGUCACACCAGUGAUGUAGUACUAUAGUAAAUAUGCAUAAGUGAUCAAUCAGAACUGCACUGUAGUAUGUAAUGGGGGAAGCAUGGAAGAAAGGUUGUUUGUUCCUGUACUAGGGGUGAUGGUGUCAUUUAUUUAUAUGCACUGAUAUGAGUAGCAAUUCAAGGAAAUUAAAUAUGAUUAAUUAUAUUUUUAUUAGCUGUGCUAUUUAAAUCAUAUGAACACUUGCAAAUUUAACAUUGUAUCUUGCUGCGCUCUUGUGUAAAUGACAAAACAUGACAGGAUAGCAUGUCAUUCUUUAUACUAUAUACUGCUGCACUGGGAAGAAGCAGAACCUUAGUCAAUGCUGUAUGAAAGUGACCCCCAUAGUGAGAUGAUCUAUCAUAACGAAGUGAAGAGGUACUCCCUGCUUCUAGUCAAUCAUAUAUUAUAAUAGUCACAAAGUAAGAAUAGCAAUGACUUGAAAUUGUAUCUGGCCUUGUUGAUAUAGACAUUAGUGUAUAUUUACACAGAAUUUUAUUUUUAUGUAAGUCUGCUUUAUCCAAGUAAUGUGUCCCAUGGGUGCACUUUGUAACAAUUUCAAACCUUUGUAAUACACUCAAAAGUGAUAUGAGAACCUUCCAAGAAUAUUGAUGUAAUACACUAAAAAGUUAUUUAGAAAAAAACAUCCAUGAAUAUUAACCCAAUGCCACUAGGGAAAAUGGUUUGCUCUCUUCUUCUUCUUCU